GGUUAUAAUAAGCACUAAGUAAAACAAGCACACAUCAAACAGCUGAUGGACUGACGGAGAAACGCAGAUCAGAUUGACUGCGUUGCGAAUAUUGUGGAGAACGAAGUGUUAUAAUGUUUCCAGUGUUACUCAGCCGAUGUGCACCGUGUCGGGGUAUUCUGGCGACGGUCUGUCCUUGGGUAACGCGGCCUGUCUCUCUUACGUCAGUAAAGUUCAGCAGUCAAGAACUCUUUCCGCCAGAAAAUAUUACUGAACCACAGAUACCCCCAUAUAAGGAAAGGGUGGACGAACCAACUGACUUGAAAAGGGCCAGGCUGCUGUACCAAUCACGGAAGCGUGGUAUGCUGGAGAAUGGACUUCUGCUGAGUACUUUUGCAGCGAAACAUCUCUCAAAAAUGACACCAGAAUUGCUACAGCAGUACGAUCGUCUUAUCAAUUUACCAUCAAAUGACUGGGACUUAUAUUACUGGGUUACUGGUGUUAAGCCAACUCCUGCAGAGUUCGAAAAUGAUGCUAUGAAGCUGCUGAAAGAGCAUGUACAAAACAAGGAGAGACAACUCCGAAUUCGCCAGCCUGACCUUGACUAAUUAACACAUUUUUUAUUUAUUUUAAACUACCUAUCUUCACAUAAGUGAGGCCUGUUCAGUAUUCAUUGUUUGCUUUAAUGUACAACAGUUGUCAGUCCUAGCAGCCGAAAUACCUCUCUCUCUUGUCGUCCCUCCCUCUCUCCCAUACACACUCAUUUUAUUAACAACAGCUCCUGGAUAAGCACCUUUUGUCUCUGGAAGCCUAGUUUUACUGCCAUUUAAAUUGCAUGAUUUUGAUUAAUACUUGUUAAUUAUUUAAUUAGAGAGGUCACACUAAUCUAGUGAACAAUACACUGUAUUCAGUUAUGAAAUACUAACUUAUUUAUCAAGACAAGUGUAAUGUGAAUGUUUGGUGCUUUCAUAUUGUUUGUUUAUAAUAUAAAAUGUAGAUAACUUUCACUGCACUCUCAGAGCUUCACUGGUGCAAACACACAUACUGUGUAAAUAUGUAUAUUUGUUGUUAUUCAAUGUCCAUAAUUGAUAAUAAAUUAUAGCCACAAAAAAUUGAGUCUUCAUUGCUUUCAAAAUUUUCAGCAGAUACAGUCCUAAGAUUGCAGGUUGUCCACAUUUCUUGCUGGUAUACUACACGUGUGCUUGUCUGUAGAAGGAAAUUUAUUGCUUGUUGUGUAGCAAACACAUUAUUUAUUACUCAUUCUUUGCUUGUGAACUUCAGCUGUCAGUUUCCAGCAGAGAGUAUUGUGUGCCAGAUAAUUUUAUAAGCUGACAUCUGUGUUCCGACUGCAUUUAACACUUGACAUUAUAUCAGGGCUUAGUUACAUAAAUAUAC